CGUCCGUCCUCUCUGCACGCAGCAUGGCACCGAAGAAAGUAGAACCCAAGAAGACGGAGGUGAAGAAGGUGGAGGCGAAGAAGGAAGAGCCUCCUCCGCCCCCCAAACCUGCGGAGCCUGAAUCCAAGCCUCCCGAGGUAGACCUGAAGAGCAUCGUGGUGGAGUUCACCCCCGACCAGAUCGAAGAGUUCCGAGAUGCCUUCACGCUGUUCGACGAGACGCCCGCCGGUGAGAUGAAGAUCACUUUCGCCCAGUGCGGAGACGUCAUGCGAGCGCUCGGCCACAACCCCACCAAUGGCGAUGUGCUGAAGCUGCUGGGGAGGCCAAAGGCGGAGGAGAUGAAUGUCAAGCUGCUGGACUUUGACACCUUCCUGCCAAUGCUCCAGCACGUGGCGCGCUCCAAAGAGCAGGGCACCUUUGAGGACUUCGUGGAGGGUCUGAGGGUGUUCGACAAGGAGGGCAACGGUACGGUGAUGGGGGCCGAGCUCCGCCACGUCCUGGCCACGCUGGGAGAGAAGAUGACGGAGAAUGAGGUCGACCGGCUGAUGGUGGGACAGGAGGACGCCAACGGUCUCAUCAACUACACCGAGUUCGUCAAACACAUCCUGGCCGGGUAGAAACCACUGCCGGGUUCUUUCGACGGACUGUCGGUCUUGUAGAUUAUUAUAUGCUAAAAAGUUAUAGGUGUGAUACAGAAAUAAAUAGACCAAAAUCUCCAUAAGAGAUGAACAGAUAACAGUGCUGGACAAGAAGACAACGCCCCAGAGCGAGGGGGGUAUAAGAGUUUAGGGAAAGGAUAGAACGGGGCUCACUCGGCGGAAGAGAUACGUGGACCGGCUCCGACUAUUUGUCUGUUGCUAGGGAAACUUAGUCUCUGCUUUGUGAUCCCACAGAUCUGCAGAUCUGUGUCUGUAACUCUCAUGCUUGACUAAUUAAAACGUACUCGUUCAAAAUAGUACUAUCGUCUCAUUGACUCUUGUGUAGGAUCGGUGUAAAACCAAUUUAAGAAUACGCUGGGAAGAAUAAUUGGAGUCAGGUUUUGGUACCCUUUUUAGGGGCAUAUGGAGGAUUUUCCCCAAAAGUCUCUGACGAACUGAGAUUCCUUCUGUUUUUGACGGACUGAGGUUCCAUCUGUCUCUGAUGUCUCUGCUGUAUUCAAUGUUGCACCUGUAUGUUUCCACGCUCUCUGUCUCUCUAAUAAAACAUCUUCAGUCCUUCUCA